CAUAUAGUGAAGAGGGACAAGCUUGGGAAACUGUGUGACAAACACAUCUAAUAUAAAUACGUUUGUGAUAUUUUGAAAAAAGACAACACGUUCAGAGCUUCGUCAUGCAUGUGUGGCAUGUGCUGUGUGUGCUUGGCUUCGUGGGUGCAUCCUUGUGUGUGAAUGAGGUUGAGUGUGAAGGGAACUACGCAGGCAACUCUGACAACGAGAUCUCUCGGGACCAGCAGGAGGGGGGAACUCCAACCACACCAUGCCAGCCUGCAGAUGUCUCUCGCUGGGACAAGCUUUUCAUUGCUCUGGAAGACUCUCACAUGAGGCAGAACAUGCUACUGGAGUCUCUGGAGCAAUGCUGUGGAGGAACGGUUUCUCUCAGGACCCAUGUGGAAAAGCUGGCUAAGGGGGCAUGCAUGCAGUGUCUACCCAGCCUGGAGUCAGCAUGCAGGGCGCAAGCCGAGCAAGCGAGUGUCAGGCUGCAACAUGGCCUGCUGGAGCUUCGCGAGCAGGGAGCGGAGAGGGAGAGGAGGUUAAACGUUACCUUGCAUCAACUCCUGCACGGUGGCCACGAGGUGAAUGCCCGGCUGAAGCAGCUCGAGGAAGGUAGAAGCCACAGAGUGGUACCAUCAGGAGCUGCAGGCAGCGGGAUGGGGCGCCAACCAACACCGAGACCUGGGGGAUUUGGGGCAUUAGCAUUUGGCUUGGGGAUGAAGCCAUUCACAUCCAGCUUGAAGGAGCAGGAAGUGACUUCCCCACUGGACAUGGCCACAAUGGAAAGGGCCCUGCUUUCCAUAGCAACAGAGCUGCAGAGCGUUCACCUGCAGCUGAGCAGAGUGAUGGAGUAGACAGGAACACUGAGGAAGGAGAGAGGGGACACAUGAAUUGCCCAGAGGGAAAAAAUAAUAAUACAAUAAAAGAUGACUGGGGACACUACAGUAAUAAUGAUUUUGCACAUGCUUGGUUUUUAAUGUUGUUUUUAAGGGGCCUUUUUUUGUAAUUAUGUGAGCUUGGUUUUGUCUGGUGACAAUGAAUUUAAAUGUACCAUAAAUGUUGUGGGCUUACUACAAUGAAU